AUACAUUAAAAAUAAGAGUAUUGUAUAUAUAAAUAGCUAAAACAUUAAGCCUAGUGGUACUUUUUUUUUUGGUAAAAAUGUAAAGAUUACCAAACUUUUAAAUUUUCGACGGAAUUACAGGGAAUGACAAAAAACAGAGAAAAGAAAAAGAUCUAAACACAAACUCAAGCAAGUCAUAACAGGGGCAUACACAACAACCAAGCGCUAUCCAGCGGCUUCGACUAAGUCGACCUGCUGCUUGCCGCAAAAAGAUGAGCCAAGUUCAACCGAGAAUCGGAACCCGGUAAUUUUGGCCUCCCCGAUGAAUCCGCUCUUAAAGAUAAUGACUCACCUAAGAAAAGCUCGCCGAAGACCUCAUAGUACCUGCACACAGGAAUAGACAACCACAGUAGCGGCCUAGCACACCCACGAUAACCAACCCGAGCAUUUAUUAGGCCUGUAGGCAACCCGAACACGAUGCCGCUCCGAGCAAAAACGGGCCGCAACCUCCGUACUCCCUGAUCUGAACCCAACCUGCACACAAUUGUCUCGCACACCACCACCAAAAACUCAAGCGAACCUUAGUGAUGCUGGGAUGCGAGCGAAGACCAAACGUAAUAACGCGGUGGCGAAAGAAACGAGCGCCACCACUACGCUUGUAGUCGCCGAGAACCGACAAACUGAAACUGGAGCUGCUAGACGCCUUCAUUCGCCACAGCAAAGGUAUGAAUAAGAACGAGGGCACACUCCUAGUGAGACAAAAUCCUACGGAGCUCAACAAAUCAGGAAACCUAGAAGAGAAAGUCCGAAGUGUAGAGGCCAAUACAAACGGUCACUGAGCGGCAUAGACGACCGCCCGUUAAAACCGCUGACAAAGCCGACGCGAGCCAGACUGAACUCAAGCACCACCACCUUCGUACUCAAGCACACGACACGCCACCGUGGUAGCGAAACCGACCGGUGCACACAACAGCUAAGGAGAGAGGCACCCAGUGCUUGACGUCACCGUCGAGAGCUGAGAGAAACCAUCCAGAGCCGAUUGACCUCCUGGAACCGAGGUGGAGAUCCACCGAAGCCUUGAAGGAGCCAAACCUUUCUUCCUCCUCACGAACAGAGACGAUCGGACGAGAUCUGAGAGAGAAAAUUAACCUCGAUCCUGAGCCCAAAAAGCCGACUGCAGUCUUCGUCCACCGCUCACCCUUCUCGCCAAAGUCCCAGAGAAAGCAAAGAGGCCACCGGAGCAGCAUCUCCUCUGCAGCGGAGCCCUCUCCGGAACCAAACCCUAGCCAAGGACGUCGUGCAUAUCGAAGGAGAGUGAGACAGACGAAGCGGCAGCAAAACGAGGAAACUGAAACUAAAACGGUGUGGCCUCCGGCGCCGGCACGCGCGCGCACGCGCCACUAGACGCCGGGGGAGAAUUCAGAUUUCGAUUUGGACGUGAGAGAGAAAGUCGGGGAGGAGAGAGAAGCAGGGAUGUCCAAAAAGAAUCAAGCCUAGUGGUACUUAUUUCUACUUUUUAUCCCUUUUUGUAUCUUUUGACUUUAUGUCUUAAAAAGUUAAGUAAAAAUUUAGCAUAAGAAAAAAUAAUAAAACUAAUUAAUUUAUAACAAUCAUUUAUUACGACUAUUAUUAUUGCGAUCUAAUACUACAUAUAACAAAAAGAGAAAUUUCUUAGAAUAUAUUUUUUUUCAGAAAAAUAACCUUUAAAAAAAUGACUAGAAUAAAUUUUAUUAAAUAAUAAAUAUAUAUUUAUAUCCUAGGGUUAACUAAUGUAGACUAAGUGUUCAAAGUUAAGGGUGAGCUUUGAGAAUGAGUUUCAAAUUUAAAAAAAUGAAAAAUUAAAAUUAAAAUUUUCAAAAUAAAAAUAGAUUAUUUUAGUCAUUUUCUUCCUUGAAAAUUAUUUUUGUGAAAAAAAAAUUUAAAAUGGCUAUUUGGGAAAAUUGCCUUAAUUUACGAUUGCUUGUAGGAAGAUGCUUAUGUUACUUUUCUUUUUUUUUGACGAGAAAUCUUUUGUAUAAGAUGCACAAUAUGACCUUACCAAUUUCACUUAUGAAAUAUUAACAUUCCUAGCAAAAAAAUGCUUAUGUUAUGCGACUAUCAAAAUGUUAAAAAAAAACACUAUAUUAUUAGUAGGAAAUAAAAUUUGCAGAAUGUUUGAAGUAAUUAUAAAAUUUGUUUGAGAAUUUACAAAUAGAAGAAACAAUCAGCUAGGCUUUUGGUUAUAGAAAGUCACAAACAGAUUAUUUAGAGAACUUUAGAACCAACAACGUAUUAGAAGAGUAGUUAUGAAAUCUCUUCUCGGUAAGCUCAUAAAUUGUAUGUUAUGCAGGCGGAAACAAAAGUCAAACGGUUUCAGUUGUCUUGAUGAUACACAUGACUAGGAGGAGAAAAAAAAAAGAGGUUGGAAAGUUGGAUUGUCUAAAUCAGAUAUUUUAGAUUAUUUAUUAAAAAUAACAAUGAGCAUAACUUAUAUAAAUAAUGAUGAUAUUUGUCAAUAUCUUUUUUUUUGUCAAUUUGUCGAUAUCUCAUGAAUUAUAAUUAACACAUUUAAAAUUAAAUAAAUAUCAAUAAUGAAAUUCGCAAUUAAGAUCUUAUGAAUUAUAAUUAUUUUAUGCGUGUGAAACACGUUCUAUAAUUAAAGUAAUUAUUAUCAUAUUUGCUUACGAAUCCGAUUUGUUACGGAAGUAGUUACGCUUCUGAAUCCGAGUUGGCGUUGGAAUAUACGCUUGGCUUUGGUUAUAAAAACAGAUUCAAUUAUUAGAUGAACAACAAAACUAUUAGCAGGGCGUAAUUAUGAAAGGUCGUCGUCUCGGUAGUCUCAAGCUUUACAAGUUUGAUGUGCCUUAUGAAUCUGAUGUCGGUGUUAUAGUAGUAAGUCAUGGAGCCAUAGAAGUAGCUAUGCGGAUUCCAUUGACAAAAUACACAGGAAAAAGACAAGGAAGAGGAUCAAAAGCUGGAUUGUCCAAAUCGUUCUUAGGUCAGAUCCGUGGGUUCUUCAUUGGGCGCGAAGAUUCCAACUUACUUAAUCAGAUCUUUGACUACAUAGUCUCCAACUUUUGUUUCAAGGAUCUUAGUAUGGUACCUCCAGCAUGUCCGGUCCUCGUCUUUCACUUACAAACUAGAGAGUUUGGUCAAGAUCAUCAUGUCCCUGAGAUUAUCGACAUGACAGAAUUAACAAGCAUUCUUUUAAACACAUUGGGAACCGGACAUUCUGUCAUGGCCGAUGAAGAUGCAAUAAACAGAUGUGUACCAAUUGCUCCACCAGCGACGGAGAUCCUGGAUUGUUACCGAAGUUUUGAAUCUUGUAGUCUUUGUGAGAAAGGGUAUCCAGAAGAAGGUGAGAUUGUUCAUAAAACAACAUGCAAUCACAUCUUUCACGGGACUUGUAUCUCUCGUUACUUGCUGCGCAUUCCUCAUUGUCCUGUUUGCACCACUCACUUGCCACCUGUCGACAUCCGAACUCUCCUAUUCUCUUAAGAUUUGGUGGUUUUUAUAUUUGCUGCGGUUCUAACGAAUUUGUAAUUAAGUAUAGUAUUUAGGUCAUUAUUAUCUAAGUGAAAACAUCAAACAUACCAGGCUUCUAUUAACAUAUCUUGUAGCUUAUGCAUUACUUCCUGAGUCAGAUUCUCUGAUCCGGAUCAAUUGUCAAUGGUUGGUCAUCGUUUUUUUGUUUGUUUCAUUUGAUUUCACAACUUGAACCUUGAAGAAAGCUUAUACUAAUUGGAAUAGUGUACGGUCGCCUUAUCCAGCCUUCUAGAUUCUUUUGUUGAAUAGGUUCUGAUUCAAGAAACUGAAUCGUAGGGCUCACGUUGCUGCUAACAUUUUCUGUUUUGAUGGUUUCACUGGCUUUCACAACUUACACCUUGAAGAAAACAUACACCAGGUAGGGCUGUGAUAUUAGGGAUAUAUAUCCCACAUCGGGAAUUCUAAAGUACAUUAAGUAAUAUAUAAAGGGUUAGGGUCAAUCCACUAAUAACCAAUUGAUUUUAAGUUGGAAGCCCAUAACUAAACCCAAAUCUAACAUGGUAUCAAAACCCAGAUUCUAAAUACCCUAAACUCCUAACUAAAAAUUAAAAUUAACCCUUCUGACCGGGUAUAAAGGUUGUAUUAAACUCGCUCGGCCGAGUAUAAAUGUCCUAAAGUUCCGAGAUUUCUGGCCGAUAAGAGUCAUCAUCUCGAGGAGGGGUAUUACGGAUAUAUAUCUCACAUCGGGAAUUCUAAGGGACAUUAAGUAAUAUAUAAAGGGUUAGAGCCAAUCCACUAAUUACAAAAUUGGUUUUAAGUUGGAAAAACAUAAUUAAACUCGAAUCUAUCGGUGUACAAUGGGCUUAUUCUGGAAAUAUUAGAAUCCCAAGAUAAACUGCAUAUUUUUUUCAUUCACAUCAUUUGAAUAAGAAACCUAGCAAACCUUCAUUCUAUGUGUAUUUUCAUUAACAAACAAAAAAUAAAUAAGAAAAGAAAAGAUAUUGUUGCCGUUGUUCACGUCAUUGUUAGUAAAAAGAGGAGCAUUAUAUAGCUUAGAAAAAUGCAAAAAAAAAAAAAAAAAAAAACGCUUUUGGUCUCAGUGGAGAUAAAUAUUACAUUAAAUUUUUGUAUUAACCACAAAAUUAAUUCAGAAAAUUAAAGAGAAUUGUUAGCUUGGUGACAAGACUAAUUUUUAACAAGAAUUAAUGACUUUUGACCAAGUUUAUUCUCUAAAAGAUUUGUCUAUUUUCAUAAUCAAUUUUUUUUUGUUUAU